AUGGCAAUGGAGACGGCUGGUCCUCGAAACCGUCGCGGCCUCGCACCUAGCCCUGAGCGAAUCGCUGUACCUGUGAUACCCAGAAGACGGCCGGUACAGACCGGUGAGAGACGAUUAGGGGACGAUUAUGGUGGAAAUGCUCGACGUGGUGAGCUACCAGCGAGCCGGACAGAAGAGGAAGGAAGUCUCAUUAUCGCAUGCUGUGAUCAAACGGUCAAGUUCUUUGAGAUCUGGGCGGGAAGAAGUAAAGGAAGGAAAGUGCGUGGGUUGGGCCGCCGGCAGGGUGUCCUGGGCGGGAGUCGAGUGCUGGAGGGAUGGUGUGAAAGCCUCGGUGUGGAUGAGAUUGGAUUUGGAGAGGAUGCUAUUCGGUAG